AUGUCUCCACACGCCGUCCUUGAGCCGGUGUCGUGCAAAGCGGAUGCAGACGACUUUGCGGCCUUUGGCGUGUCUGGGAACGCAUUUCUGCCGUCCAGUCCGCCGAUUGACCUGUUGCCAGACCCAUACUACCAGCCAUGGGAGCAGCUGGCCGCCCGGCUGCCGGCACUCAUCCAGAGCAGCACGCUCCGAGACGAGGUCCAGCAGCUUCCCCUUCUCCAUACGGACGGCCUUGUCAGCGAGCCCGAGCGCCGACGGGCAUACUCCAUCCUCGCCUUUCUCGCCCACGGCUACAUCUGGGGUGGUAGCCAGCCGGCAGAGAUCCUUCCACCGAGCCUGGCCGUGCCACUGCUGGCCGUAUCGAAGCAGAUAGAGCUUCCACCGGUAGCGACGUACGCGGCACUGAACCUGUGGAACUACGGCACGCGCUCGUCCGCAGGCGACCUGGACCUGGACGGCCUGUCGGCGCAGCGGACCUUUACGGGCACCGUGUCCGAGUCGUGGUUCUACAUGGUGUCGGUAGCGAUGGAGGCUGAGGGCAGGCGAAUGAUUCCGGCGGUGCUGCGGGCACUGCGAGCGAUCCGGAUGCGAGACGAAGGGGCGGAUGGGGCGCGGGCAGCGUACACGGCGACAACGGCAGCAUUCGAGGCCGUGGCAGCGUGCGUGCGACAGCUGUCGGUCCUGCUGGCCCGCAUGCAUGAGCACUGCGAUCCGGAGACGUUCUAUCACCAGAUCCGGCCCUUUCUGGCCGGUAGCCUGGGUAUGGCACACGCCGGGCUGCCGCGCGGCGUCUUCUACGACGAGGGCGACGGCCGGGGCGUCUGGCGACAGCUUCGUGGCGGCAGCAACGGCCAGAGCAGCCUGAUCCAGUUCGUCGACAUUGCGCUGGGCGUGCAACAUGCUCGGGGGGGCCACAGCUCGCCUCACGUGGCCUCGGCAACAACAACAACAGACGGUGUCGCGGCAGACCAGCAGCCCAGCUUCCACGAGGAGGUGCGCGACUACAUGCCCGGGCCCCAUCGUCGCUUCCUCGAGGCCGUCCAGCACAUGGGCAGCCUGCGAACGUUUGCGCUGGGGAAUGGCGGCACGGAAGACGUGGAGGAUCAAGAGGACAGCUCAGACACCAUCCCUCGCCUGCAACGCCGCUGUCGCGCUGCCUAUCACGACGCCGUCGACGCCAUGACGGCCAUGCGCGAUGGCCACCUGCAGAUCGUCGCCCGCUACAUCGUGCUGCCCAGCCGGAAGCCGUGGACUGGCGCGGCCGAGAACGUCAACCUGGCCAGCGCGUCCAGCCGCCGGAGCGCGACCGACAGCACAGCCGGCAGUGAUGAGAGGCUCACCGGCACCGGCGGCACCGAGCUCAUGCCGUUUUUACGCAAAUCCCGCGACGAGACCGUGGCAGCUCGGACGUGCUCGUGGUGA